AUGCCUGCUGUAGUCUGUUGCUUGAUCAUGUUCUUCCCCGAGUCUCCCCGUUGGCUCAUUUCCAAGGAUCGCACCGAGGAAGCACUACAGAUCUUUGCUAAGUAUCAUGGCGACGGUGACGUGAACGCUCCUCUCUGCCAGUUGCAGUAUCGUGAGGUCAUCGAGGACUACGCGCAGGCGGGUCAGCAGCCUCCGUGGUGGUAUUACAAGGACCUAGUCAACACGCGCGCGGCCCGCUACCGUCUUGCCAUGGUUAUCGGAAUGGCCUUUUUCGGUCAAUGGAGCGGAAACAAUGUCGUCAGCUAUUUUAUGCCAGACAUGAUCUUGGAGGCUGGCAUCGAAGAUACCAACAAACAACUCCUCAUCAACGCCAUCAAUCCAAUCUUUUCCAUGAUGGCUGCCAUCUACGGUGCAUCUCUCCUUGAUAAGCUUGGCAGGCGAACCAUGAUGAUGGGAGGCCUGACUGGUGCGCUCUUCUCUUAUAUCCUCCUGACCGCUUUCACCGCCGAGUCCAAGAACAAUCCCAACCUCGCCUACGGAGUCAUCGUAUCCAUCUACAUCUUCGGUAUCUUUUUCUCGGCUGGAUUUACCCCGCUACAGACACUCUACACUGUCGAAUGUCUCGAGAACAGGACACGCGCUCGAGGUUCUGGCGCUAACUUCUUGUUCCUCAACAUUGCUAUGACCAUCAAUACCGUGGGAAUCAGCGUAGCGAUUUCGAGAAUCGGCUGGAAGCUCUAUGUCAUAUACAUUGUUUGGAUCAUCAUUGAGAUUGUCCUCAUCUAUUUCUUUGCCGUCGAGACGGCUGGGAAGACACUGGAGGAGAUGCGAGACAUCUUCGAGGCCCCGAACCCUCGGAAAGCUAGUUUGGCGAAAACGAGCAUCAGAAAUGGCAGUGAAGAGGGUCAGGCCGGUCAGACUGAAGCAUAA